CGUGACCGACUCACUCACACUCAUUCUUCAUUCUUUUUUUUUUUUUAAUUAAAUAAUAUAAUAUUAUUAUUUAAAAAAAAAUCUAUAUAUUUUUCUAUCUAGAGAGAGAAUGAGAAUGGUCGAAACAACUUGAAGGUGUUAUAGAGAGAGAAAGAGAGGGAGAGACCAUAGUUUGGUUCGAACAAGAACUAGAACUAGAACUAGAACAUUUGACUCUAGUCUUAAUCUGACCACCAAUGCGAGCCGUUUGAUUCUUUGACUUUUUUCUUCCCUUGGCUUUGACCGAUCUCUUUCACUCUCACUCUCUUCUCCUUCAAUGGGAGCUCGUUGCUCUAAAUUCUCUCUUUGCUGGUUCCACUCUCACCUCAAACCUUCCGUGCUUGAAUCUUCCGAACACGAGAAUGGAGAAAAGAGUGAUCAGAACUUGUGGCCGAGUUUCAGUGAGUUCAGCUUGGAGCAACUCAAAGCUGCAACCAAUGGGUUUUCGUCUGAUAACUUAGUUUCGGAGCAUGGAGAGAAAGCUCCGAACAUUGUUUACAAAGGAAGCCUUGAUAAUAAUACCCGUUGGAUCGCCGUUAAGCGAUUCAAUAAGUUCGCUUGGCCUGAUUCUCGCCAAUUUCUCGAAGAAGCUAGGUCGGUUGGGAGUCUCAGAAGUGAGCGAUUAGCCAAUCUGAUUGGGUGUUGCUGCGAAGGAGAUGAGAGGUUGCUCGUGGCCGAGUUUAUGCCCCAUGAAACUCUCGCUAAGCAUCUUUUUCACUGGGAUGCUCAACCAAUGAAAUGGGCCAUGAGAUUGAGGGUGGCUUUGCAUCUGGCACAAGCUCUGGAGUACUGUAGCAGCAAAGGACGUGCAUUGUAUCACGAUCUCAAUGCCUACAGGGUUUUAUUUGAUCAGGAUGGCAAUCCCAGACUAUCCUGCUUUGGCCUCAUGAAGAAUAGCAGGGACGGCAAGAGUUACAGUACAAACUUAGCAUUCACUCCUCCGGAGUACCUGAGAACUGGUAGAGUGACACAAGAGAGUGUGGUUUACAGCUUUGGAACGUUGUUGCUGGAUCUUCUGAGUGGAAAACAUAUACCCCCUAGUCAUGCACUUGAUCUAAUUCGUGGCAAGAAUUUUCUGAUGCUGAUGGAUUCUGCUCUAGAGGGUAAUUUUUCAAAUGAUGAUGGAACUGAACUUGUGCGUUUAGCUUCCCGCUGUUUGCAGUAUGAGGCACGUGAGAGACCAAAUGCAAAGUCUCUUGUCACUUCUCUCAUGUCUCUUCAGAAAGAAACAGAGGUUGCAUCAUAUGUUUUAAUGGGUAUUGAACAUGAAACUGCAUCCUCAGUGCAGCCAUUGUCGUUAACCCCUUUUGGUGAAGCUUGUGUGAGAAUGGAUCUCACCGCUAUACAUGAAAUUCUGGAUAAGAAUGGAUACAAGGAUGACGAGGGGAUUGCCAAUGAGCUUUCAUUCCAAAUGUGGACAAAUCAAAUGCAAGACACCUUGAAUUCCAAGAAGCACGGAGACACCGCUUUUCGAGCCAAGGACUUCGCAACUGCCAUUGAUUCUUAUACACAAUUCAUCGAUAGCGGGACCAUGGUAUCACCCACUGUGUACGCCAGGCGAUGCCUAUCUUAUCUGAUGAGUGAAUUGCCACAAGAGGCGCUGGGGGACGCAAUGCAGGCCCAGGUGGUGUCUCCUGAAUGGCCUACUGCUUUAUAUCUUCAAGCGGCUUGUCUCUUCAGCCUCGGCAUGGAUAAUGAUGCACAAGAAACACUCAAGGAUGGGACAAACUUAGAAUCCAAAAGGAACAAAAAUUGAAUAAAGUGUAUAGUCUCUUCUGUUUUUUUCUUUUUAUUUUUAUUUUUCAAUGACUACAUACAUAGUAUUGUUUAGUUUAUAUGUAUCUAUUCUUUAUUUGUUAUCAUUUUGCUUUUCAAAGUUUUCUCCCUUUUUUGCUGCCUAUAUUAAAAGGAUUAUCUUGGAAGAUUAAUGUUGGUUUGAUAAUUUUCGUAUCUAAAA